AUGUCGCCCCUCAGCCACAGAUCCCUCGAUGUCAUUCCAUCAGACCAGUCUGUCCCAUCAACUCCCAACUCAGGUGCACACUACCUCGUCGUCCCUGUCCACCAGAACGUGCCUCGUGGGGCGUCUAGACUUCUCUCCCCGAGCCAAACGUCUACAAAUCUCAAUCUUCAUCUCAACUGGCGCAAUGUCCCGGGAUACAACUACGUCGAGUCCAGCAGUCUCCUGCACAACGACCCUUCUCAGGCCCAGAUCGGUCUUGAAAGCCACCAGAGUCCUACCAUCGCCUCCUUUUCUCACCUUCCUGACCAGCAACUUGCUCUGACGACCAGCAGGUCAUGGAUAUACGGCAAUGACUACGCCGACCAGCACGACGAGCUCAACCUACUUGAACCAUGGGACUCCAUCUUUGCCAUAAUCUUUUUGGUACUGUUCCUCGCUGGGGGGAUCUGUCUAGCGCUUUGCCGUCACGAGACCAUAUAUUCCUCCCCCUAUCCCUCCUACUCCUCCACCUCCGCGCAGGCUUCCUCUUCCUCUUCUCCCACUGUCUCUUCUACUGCCUCUACCUCAGAUGGCACUCAUUCAGACGGAAGAGAUAGCGCAACAAUACCAGGAGGGAAGGGAAUCAACGAGGCGUCGCCGUAUCUGUGUCUCUCGGCAGCGCAUAAGUGCUUGUGGGAUGAAAGGACGCCCCCACUUCCAAAGGGGCGUGAGAGACUGAAUCUGGAACUGGAAUCGGAGUCGAAUCAUCAAAGAAUCGAAAAAGGCGAAAGGAGGGACUAUGAUACAGUCGCGACCGCUUCCUCGGUGGAGGAGCUUUCGGAUGAGCUUGUUUAA